UGCUGAGCAGUUCGCAGCCGUUGUGCUGCGACUCCGUUUAUCAAAACGUAAAUCAACAAUAUGAGAUUUUUAUUGUUUCUCUUUAUUCUCCUCUUCGCUAUCUGUCAUUCGUUGCCACCUUUCAAGGCGUACGAAACGAAACUAAAACGCGAAUGGAUUCGAAGAACUCGUUCCUCUCCACAAGAGGAAACUGAAAGCAGACGUGUCGUUACACUAUUCGGACACAAAGUCACAGUACCAAGCUUUCUCCAGAAGAUGUGUACGAGCAUAAAGGAGUUUUUCGUCGGCCGCUCUGGCGUUAUCACAAAAAUCCAGGAGUUUUUGAAAGGCAAUAAAAAAUUUUCCAUAAACAUCCUUGGGCGAAAAGUGGACUUCAAGGCUCAUGUACCUUCGUCAGCGAAAGACGCUGACAAAUCAUUCAGAAAACUUUUACGCAAGUUUCGGACUGAUCCCAUGGCGCGAGUGCUACUUGUUAUCUACCUGAACCUAGUGGUGAUAAUCAUCGUCUACUUGGCUUUGAUCGCCAAGCAUGUGCAGUUCUCCUUGCAGUCGAUGAAAAAACCACGCAAGGAAAAGUCUCCAACUACACCCGGCGGUCACUACCGCACUACAGUAUCACCGGAUACCAACAUGCCAGCUGUAACGUUGAGUUGUCAAAGAUCACCCGAUUCACAAGGAACUAUGCCAGAGCAGAGUACCCAAGACACUUCCGACGAGAGCAAAACAAUUGACUGGUCGGCUGUGACAAAUCCAUCGUUGAUGAAUGUGCUGGAUCAGGAAACUAUAGUUACUACGCACGAUCCACCCCGCCUUCUAACCGAUCUUCAAGGGCUGCUGUCCAAUUCAGACGAAGCUGUGGACCAUCCACCAGAUUCCACUAACUCGGUAUCAGUCACAUUUACCGAAAACGCAAGCACAGUAGGAAAGAGCCCCAGCAACGAUUCUAGACAAAGUCUUCAGCAACCAACGACAAGCACGAGUUAUUUCACAGCCCUAGAUACGUCAAGAUCGUCAAGAUCGUCACUCGGCACCAUGCAUUCAGAUCCCUCUGUGCCUAGGGCCACUGAAGAUUUAUAAUUUUUAUUGCUUAUUUCCUAGUCAGCAAAUUGAUCGAGGUUAUCAACGAAAUAUCCAAACAGAGUCUAUGCUAUGCUGAAUGCGUAUAAGAAGCAAUAAAUAGCUAUCGGUG